AUGGCCGGCGCAACCCUCUUCACGCGAGCCGCAAGGCUAAGCUCUUCGACGGCCAGCCUGGUCUCUUCCUUUCGGACGCUCGCCGUCUGCCCGAUCGCGACGCAGACCCGAACCAUCUCCCAGUCCGUCCUCAGCAAGUCGACGCGGCAAUGGCUGCCGACCACGGCGCUGGUCGGAGGUGGCAUCAAGACGGCUGUACAGCAGCAACAGCAGCAGACGAGGGGUAUGAAGGUGCACAGCUCGGUCAAGAAGCGAUGCGAGCACUGCAAGGUUGUUCGGAGGAAGGGCGGCAAGCGACACCGCGGCUACCUCUACAUCAUCUGCCCGGCCAACCCGAGGCACAAGCAGCGCCAGGGCUAG